AUGAUAUCUGAAAUUGUGAGGACCUACAACAGCAAGCGCGCAAACGUUGAAAGCAGCUUUUCUCAAAUCUACAAAGUUAGUUCAGAUAUGGCAAUAAAGGUUGGAAGUACAAUUGCAAUGCCUCGCAUUGCAGCAAGGCAACAAAAUCGCAGCAAUAUUCCAGCUGCUUCUGUUCAAGAGUAUUUCCAGAGAAAUGUUGCAAUUCCCUUUCUUGAUCAUAUUAUUAUUAGCAUCAACCGGCAGUUCUCAAAGUCGGCAGUCACAGCCAUUUCCCUACUUGGUCUUGUACCAAGUAUCAUAUGUUCGCAAGAUGUCAACCUGGAGGAGGCGCUGAUCAAGUACAGAAAUGAUCUGCCAUCGUCUGAAUUGAUGGACGCGGAACUCAGGCGCUGGAGGAACAGGUGUAUGGCGAUGCUCCCUGAUAAGAGACCGUGCUCACCAGCAAAAGCCAUCAAAGAAUGUGACGCCACUGACUUCCCAAACAUCUCGGUUCUUUUGACCAUCGCCUGUACCAUACCUGUCACCUCGUGUGAAUGUGAGAGAAGUGCCAGUGCUUUACGACGCCUAAACAACUAUAUGCGCGCAUCCAUGGGUAAGGACAGAUUGUCUCACGUUGCUCUCCUUCAUAUCCACUACGAUGUACCAAUAGAUCUUGACAACGUAGUCGAUUAUUAUGCUCGCCUUCACCCUCGCAGACUCGAACUUGACUCGGUACUGUUACACUAA